UAAACAUUAAUAAUCCUGUUGUGAUUUUGUAUAUAAAUUGGUGACAUGAGUUGGAAUAAUUUGCUCGGGAGAAGCAGUCUUCCAAUAUGGGGAGGACCUCACUGUUAUUUGUUCUCUUGUUGUCUCUUCCUGCACUCUCCCUGUGUGGACCUCUAUUUAUACUAACAGCACCCAAUGUUUUGCGGAUUGAUAGUGAAGAAACUGUGGUUCUCGAUGCCCGUGAAUUCGGUUCUGAUAUCGAUGUUUCGAUAACUUUGCAGGAUUUUCCUGCUCGUGAGCGCAGCCUAUGGGAUACCAAAAUCUCUUUGACAUCAGCGAAUAAAUAUAUAGCUGACGCCACUGUUAAGAUACCUGCAGAUUUAUUGCCAAAGCGUUCCAGAGGGAACGAGUAUGUAUACUUGGAAGCAACAUCAGCAAGUUUUACGUUGCAGACUGUUAUCCUUGUUUCACAUCAAUCAGGACACAUCUUCAUCCAGACUGACAAACCAAUCUACACGCCAACUCAAACUGUGCUUUAUCGCUUGCUCGCAGUGGACAAUGAUAUGAAGCCAAACAAAAAAGCCAAAAUGGUUGAACUUGUGAAUCCACAAGGUAUUAUUGUUGAGCGGACUGAAGUUCGUAUGAUAGAUGCUUCAGGAAUUGUUGGAAGGUCCUUUCCUAUUCCAGAGGUCGUGAAUAUUGGAAUAUGGAACAUUGUUGCAAGUUACAAACAUGCCCCCUCCGUAAAUUUCACGACCCAAUUUGAAGUGAAAGAAUAUGUGUUGCCAAGCUUUGAAGUUACCUUGGGAUCAGUGCACCCAUUUUUCCAAGUCGAUGACCGAGAAUUGCAUAUCACAAUCACUGCAAGGUUCACAUAUGGGAAACCUGUCCAAGGACGAGCUUUUAUCCUGUUUGGAGUAAUGAAAAAGGGUGAAAAGUUGAGCAUUGCAAAAUCACUUCAAUCAGUGCCUGUUAUAGAUGGCAGCGGAGAAGCCGUCCUGACAAGAGAACAAUUGACUGAAAACUUCGCAAACAUUGACGAACUGGUUGGGAGUUCCAUUUAUGUUAGUGCAAGUGUUAUUACUCAUGCAGGCAGUGACAUGGUAGAAGCAGAAAAAACGGACAUAAAAAUAGUUCGCAGCCCAUAUACUAUCUCGUUCUCCAAAACCUCCAAGUAUUACAAGCCUGGGAUGCCUUUUGACAUGAUGGUCUAUGUAGCAAAUCCUGACGGUUCCCCUGCCAAUCGAAUUGCUGUGAAGGUCGAUGGUUCCAAUGUCAAGUCUAAAACUCAUGCUGAUGGAGUGACCUCACUGACAGUGAAUACACCUGGAAACGCGGGGUCAUUUACUGUUAAAGUUUCAACAGAUGUCCCUGAGCUAUUAGAACAUCAACAGGCACAUGCAACAAUGGUUGCAUAUCCUUAUGCAACACAACGUGCAUCAAAGAACUACCUGCACAUUGGUAUUCAACAUAAAGAGCUCCAUGCAGGUGAUGACGAUUUAUUGGUUCACCUCAACAUUGAAAAUGAUAACGAUGCAGUCCGAGAGCAAAUAACAUACUUCACCUACAUGCUGAUUAGCAACGGGAACAUUGUCAACUUCGGAAGACAGCCAAGAACACCAAAUCAACGGGUGGUGACAUUACAGUUCCCAAUCAAAGCAAACUUAAUCCCAUCAUUCAGACUGUUAGUUUAUUACUAUGUUGUCGUUGGAGGACAGGUAGACCUUGUUGCCGAUUCUGUGUGGAUUGAUGUGGAGGACACAUGCAUGGGACUUCUAAAAAUUACUGCGAAAAAUCCAAAUGACGAAAGGAAAAUAUACAGUCCCGGUGGAGGGCUUACAAUGAGACUGACAGGGGAUCCUGGGGCAAAGGUCGGACUUGUUGCUGUGGAUAAAGCUGUAUUUGCAUUGAGUAAGAAAAAUAAAAUAACACAAAGUAAGAUCUGGAGUGUGGUGGAGAAAAAUGAUAUUGGUUGCUCACCUGGAAGUGGUAGUGAUGUCUUUGGUGUUUUCUCAGACGCUGGAUUAGCCUUUGUAACAAGCACUAACCUCAAGACUGAAACAAGAGCAGCGCUGACGUGUAAACAGCCAAAUCUACGCAAGCGGCGUGCAACAGCACUGGAGGAGCUCAAAUCUGAGACACUGCAGAAGUUCAAACCUGGACUGCUACAACGUUGUUGUUCUGCUGGAUUUACAAAAAACCUCAUGCGUUUCAGCUGUACUAAAAGGGCCAGGCGAAUAAGAAAUAAAAAUGACUGCUACAAUGCCUUCAAGCACUGUUGUGAAGCAGUUACAAAAUAUAAGGAACAGCUUCAAAAAAGCACGCUGAGUUUAGGUCGAAGUACUGAUGAUGAUUACACUAGCUAUGAGGAUAUAACAGUCAGGUCUCAGUUCCCAGAAAGCUGGCUCUGGCAGACAUAUACUCUUCCACAGGUCGAGAAUGGCCCGGCAUCAAUGGAUAUAACGCAUUACCUCAAAGAUUCAAUCACUACUUGGGAAAUACAGGCUGUCAGUGUGUCUCCAACAAAAGGAGUAUGCAUUGCACAACCCUAUGAAGUCACCGUGCUAAAAGACUUUUUCAUUGACCUUCGACUUCCAUACGCAACCGUACGCUACGAACAAGUGGAAAUUAGAGCUGUCCUCUACAAUUAUCAUGAUAAAGAUAUUACGGUUCGUGUGCAAUUUCCUUACAAUGAGAACAUGUGCAGCAAUGCAAAACUAACAGAACGAUAUACUACGAUAAUCAAAGUUCCAAUGAAAUCAACUGCUAUGGUGCCUUAUGUUAUAAUCCCAUUGACAAUUGGGGAAAUAAUGAUUGAAGUCAAAGCAUCAGUUCAAGGUGUAUUUGUGAAUGAUGCCGUGAGAAAGCCUCUCCGUGUGCUGCCAGAGGGAGUCAAAACUGAACUCCCAGUGGACAAUCACGAUUUGAAUCCCAAAGGUAAAGAGCAAGUGUUUAAUGUGUCUGUGCUACCCCCAGCUGAUAUGGUUCCACACACAGAGCCAUCGACUUUCAUCAGCGCGCAAGGUGAUGUUUUAGCUCAAUCUAUUGAAAGCACUAUCGAUGGAUUGAAACUGAAACAUCUAAUCAGAAUUCCGAGGGGAUGCGGCGAGCAGAAUAUGGCAUCAAUGACUCCAGUCGUGAUUGUUGUAAAAUAUCUGGACGAAAAAAAUGAAUGGCCAUUGGUGGGAGUGGACGCCAGAGAAAGGGCACUGAAGAACAUUCAGAUAGGUUAUACCCAAGAACUGGCAUAUCGCAAGGAAGAAGGUUCUUUUGCUGCUUUCCAAAAUCGUGAAGGCAGCACAUGGUUGACUGCCUAUGUGGCUAAAGUGUUUGCUAUGGCGCGUCACAUGAUCACAAUUGAGCCACAUGUACUUUGUGGAGCUGUUAAGUGGCUGAUAUUAAACAGACAGAAACCUGAUGGUCACUUUGAGGAAAAAGGUCCAGUAAUUCAUGGAGAGAUGAUUGGAGGACUCCGUGGAGAAUCCAAGGAGAACCAUGCACCAUUAACUGCAUUUGUUCUGAUUGCAAUCAUUGAAGCUCGAAGUGCUUGCUCACAAUUUGUUGGGAGUUAUGAAAACAGUAUCAAGAAAGGGGCAGCAUACCUGGAGGAUCAUAUAGAUGCCCUUCAGGGAUGCUAUGGUGCAGUGCUUACAGCUUAUGCCCUUUCACUCAUGGGUCAAGACAAGCGGGAAAUUGUGAUGAAAUUUGCUUCAGCAGACCAAUCACACUGGCCAGUGGGAGGAGAUUCUAACUCUCUGUAUACCAUUGAAGCUACGGGAUAUGCCCUUCUAUUCCUCUUGAAGCAGGAGCAGUAUGACCAAGCUGGAAAAUUAGUGAAAUGGCUGUCGAAACGGAGUGCAUAUGGAGGAGGUUACAGCUCUACACAGGCAACCAUAGUUGCGCUUCAAGCACAGGCCACUUAUUUGACCGAUGUUCCUCAGUUCAAGAAGAGCGACUUGGAUAUUGAUCUAUCCAUUCCCAGCAAGCAACUUUCUUUUGAAUGGGCUAUCCGUCCAGACAGUGUAUAUACCACAAGAUCAAGAACGUUUAAUGCUUUUGAAAAGUUUACUGUAACUGCAAAUGGUCAUGGACAAGGAUCAUUAAAAGUUUUGACAACUUAUUAUGCAAUGAUGCCCAAGGGUUUUCAUGAAUGUAAGAAUUUCGAUUUGGUCAUAACUGUCGAAGGCGGUGAGAAAGUUCGGCGACCUGAGGGUGCUCAAAACUCGCUCCUGAUAAAUAUCUGCACACGCUACCAUGGUGAUACACCAUCCUCCAUGGUUAUUUUGGAUGUGUCCAUGUUAACUGGAUUUACUGCAGAUAGCAAUGAUCUUGAACUGCUUAAAAAUGGAAUUGAGAAUUACAUUUCAAGAUUUGAGGUAGACAAGGCGUUGUCUACUGCAGGAUCACUCAUCAUUUAUUUAAAUACGGUAUCAAAUGUCGGUGAGAGCUGCAUUGCAUUUCAUGUACACCAAUACUUCAAAGUUGGACUGAUUCAACCAGCUUCUAUCAAGAUAUAUGAAUAUUAUGAUACAACAAAGACUUGCACUAAAUUCUACAAUGUCCCCGAACACAGUGCUAUGCUAAGUAAAAUAUGUCAAGGUGACGUGUGCAAAUGUGCAGAAGGAAGCUGUGUUUCAAUAAAGACCGAUGAAAGAGAACUUAUAAAACGUGAUGACUAUUCAUGCGCCCCAGGAACUGAUUAUGUUUACAAAGUGACAUUUACUAAAGUGGAAAAGAGAGACAGUUACUUAUACUACACAAUGGAAAUUCUGGAUCUUAUCAAACGAGGAAGCGAUGCAAUCGAUCAAGGUGAUUUGAGGGUACUAAUCACACACGCCAACUGUAAAGAUAAAUUUAACGUGGAACUGAACCAAGAUUAUCUAAUAAUGGGAAAGGGCACAGAUCUGUGGAAUGAUAACGAGAGCGUGAGAUAUCUGAUUGGAGAAACUACAUGGUUAGAAAGGUGGCCAAGCAAUGCAGAAUGCCAAGAGGACAUGUUCAGAGAACUCUGUAAAAACCUGAGGGUGUUUGCCGAUGACCUUGGGGCCUUCGGGUGCGAUAACUAAUUACAUUGCAGCUUAUUUAGGCACAACAAUUUUCAAUAAAUAAAGACAAAUGAUCACAUUUUUAAAAA